AUGGCGCGGUCGGUGGCCGUCUGCCGCACGCACGUGCCGGACAGCGGGCUGCUGCGGCCGCUGGUGCGGCUGCUGCGCGACGCGUGCGCCGACGUGCAGGAGGCGGCGGCCGCGGCGCUGGUCAACCUGCUGACCGACUUUUCGCCGCUGCGCGCCGACGCGCUGAAGCUCGGGCUGCUGCCGGAGCUCGUGCGGCUGCUGGACGCGCCGGCGCCGCCCGUGCGGCGCAACGCGCUGUGGGCCGUGCGCAACCUUCUGGUGGGCAUCGACGAUGAGACGCGCCGCGAGGUUGUCGCGCAGGUGGGCGCCGCGCGGCUGCUGGCGCUGGCCGCCGCCGACACGUCGGGCGCCGACGCGGCGCUGCGUGAGCACGCGGUCGGCGCGCUGCGCAACGUGGCCGCCGACAGCGCGUGGGGCGUCGACGCCAUCUUCGCGGCCGCCGGCGACCGGCUGCCGGCGCUGCUGGCCGCGCUGGCGAGCGAGCGCGGCGACCGCCAUGUGCGUGUGCACGCGCUGUACCUGGCGAACAACGUCGCCGUGCGGUCGGCUGCGCGCUGCGCCGUGCUGGCCGCGCAUGCGCCGCUGGUGCGCGCCGUGGCCGCGGCCGUUGAGGCGCCGGACGCCGAGGUGGCCGUGGCGGCGCUGUGGUGCGUCAGCAGCAUUGCGUCGCACCGCGGCGGCGACGGUGCGGAUGGCUCCGGGGGCCGCGCCGUGCACGUGCACGUGCCGGUGCUGCGCGCCCACGGCGUGGCGGAGGCGCUUGACCGGCUGCUGGCCGACAAGGCGCAGCCGCUGGACGUGCGCGACCGGGUGAAGAGCUGCAUGGACUAUUUCUCGUGA